UAUAUUUUCGUAGUUGAGAUUCGUUAUCCUAUCCCUCCUUUUUUCAAUCAUUCAUUUUCCUAUCUCUUCAAUUUUACUAAUGUAUAUAUACGCGGUCUCCCAAGUAAUACGACUGAACAAAUUUUGCGUGAAAUAUGUGAACAAUAUGGAAAUAUUACAACAACAAAAACAGUUAUCGAUAAGGAUACAAAAGAAUGUAAAGGAUAUGGUUUUGUUGACUUUGAUUGUCACACUUCAGCCCUCAACUGCAUCCAAGGCCUUUCUCGAACGAAUAAAUAUACUGCACAGUUUGCCAAAAUAUUUCAGCAACAGCUGCAAGAUCCAACAAAUUUGUAUCUCGCUAAUAUACCCCUCGAUAUUAAUGAAAGACAGCUAGCUUCUUUUCUGCGAACGUACGGUGUUGUUAUUAGUUCACGGGUACUUAAAGAAAACGGGUUUAGCAAAGGAGUUGGUUUCGCACGUAUGGAUAGUCAUGAAAUCUGUGAUAAAGUUAUCAAGGAAUUAAAUGGUAAAAAAGUUUUUCCUCAAAGUGAUAAAUCACUUAUAGUAAAGUACGCAGAUACAAGCAAAAAAAUUAGAGGAAAGCAAAUAGAUGGACCUUCUGAUCAUCUUGCUGAAUUUCCAGUAUUAUUUUAUAUUUUAUUCGUUUUUAUUUAUUUUAUUUUUGUUAAUUGCUCAUGA